AGAUCCCGUGACCGUCCGCCAGACCGCAGCCGAUAUGCAGUCCCCGGCGGUGCUCGUCACCUCCAGGCAAGUUCAGAAUGCGCACACGGGCCUCGACCUGACUGUACCACAGCACCAGGAGGUGCGGGGUAAGAUGAUGUCAGGCCAUGUGGAGUACCAGAUCCUGGUGGUGACCCGGUUGGCUGUGUUCAAGUCAGCCAAGCACCGGCCCGAGGAUGUCGUCCAGUUCUUGGUCUCCAAAAAAUACAGCGAGAUCGAGGAGUUUUACCAGAAACUGUACAGUCGUUACCCAGAAGCCAGCCUGCCCCCACUGCCUAGGAAGGUCCUGUUUGUCGGGGAGUCUGACAUCCGGGAAAGGAGAGCCAUGUUUGAUGAGAUUCUACGCUGUGUCUCCAAGGAUGCCCAGUUGGCGGGCAGCCCAGAGCUGCUAGAAUUCUUAGGCACCAGGUCCCCGGGGGCUACAGGCUUUGCCACCCGAGAUCCCUCUGUCUUGGAUGAGACAGCCAGCCGGCCAGGGGACAGUGAUGAGGCUUUUGACUUCUUUGAGCAACAGGAUGAAGUGCAGCCACCCACAUUGGGCCUGAGCAACAAGAAUGUUGAGAAGUCCUUGGAAGAAGAGGAGGAGGAGGAGGAGAUACUGGAUCCCCUGGGCAUCAUGCGCUCCAAGAAGCCUAAGAAACACCAAGAAGUGGCCAUGAGGACCAAGCCUUCACCUCGGCUCACCAUCUUUGACGAGGAGGUAGACCCUGACGAGGGGCUCUUUAGCUCAGACAAGAAGGUGUCCCCUCGGAGACCUCUGGGGACCACAGAGGACCCCCUGAAGCUGUUUGACGACCCUGACCUAGGUGGGGCUGUCUCCCUGGGUGACCCUUUACUGCUGCCGGCUGCCCAUGAGAGUAGAGGGCCCACAUCCAGCCCAGAACACAGGGAUGCCUCCAAAGAGCUGUUCAGAGUUGAAGAGGACCUGGACCAGAUUCUGAACCUGGGAUCUGAACCAAAACCCAAGCCCCAGCUGAAGCCCAAGCCUCUAGUCCCGUCUAAGCCAGCAUUACCCAGGAAGCCAACUGUGCCCCCCGCAGUGGGCCCAUCAGGAACUGGGGCUGGGCCACAGAAGCAGCAACAGAUCCAGGCUAUGGAUGAAAUGGACAUCUUGCAGUAUAUCCGGGACCAGGACACACUUGCCCAAGACUCCCCCAGCCUCUUCUGACUUCUCCACAACCCUGCCCUUCAAACUAUGCUGGGCCUGGGGAGGAAGCCUGUGUGUCAAUAUGUGGGUUCUGCUUGCAAGGCAAGGACCACCAAUGGAAGUGGAACCCUGGACCCUCCCAGUCCCCCCACAUCUUUCCCUUUUCUCCUGGGCUAUGGGAUAGACAAGGACUCUGCAGAAUGUAGAGCUGAGAACACCAUAGAAAUCAAGCCGCAUCAUCUCCACCCAGCUGGCUGUAAGAAGAAGGUUAUUUGUGGGCUCGUCUUGCUCAACGGGGACCUGACCUCAAGUGGGGAAUGAGAUCGGAGGACAGUGUCCCCCAGGGAAAGGACAUCUUCUGCAUACUUGUUCCCACUGGCCAGCUCAGCAUGGGAAGGAGUGUGAGCUUUGGCUAGGCCAAAGGGGUCCCUGGGACAGGCUGCUCCAGACUCUCUAUUUGGCAUAGCUGCUAGGGCCCCGAGGUGUGUUCUGAGGAGAAAGGCCAGCUCCCCUGACUGCCCUGACCCAAGUCCCUUCUUAGUCUCUUCUGGCUUCCAGUGCUAAGAAGAAACCAUAGGCCCAGCCUUGCCUUUCUAGGGCACAGAGGCUCCCAGGACCCCAUGCCUUCCACUUCCUUCCCCAGAAAAGGGCCUGGCUAGCCCAUGGCCUUUUGGAUGCAGCUGUCAACAGAGUAGGUCCUAGCAUCUCCCAGGGUUUGGCCCAUGGGGUAUGAGGCUCUGAGGCCUUGUCUGCCCUCAGGAUCUGAACUUGUUCCUUAGCCUUUCUCCUGUGGAGCCACCAGCCAAGGGAGAAGGAACUGUGCCCCAGGGCAAUCCCGUGCCUUCUAGUAGAUGCUGUUUUAUGGAACGAAGGACCUUAGAGUAUUUUGUGUCAGAAACAUUUUAUUUGUAAUGAAACACAUAGGGUUUUUGUUUUGUUUUGUUUUUGUCUUUUGCUUUUUUGUUUUUUCAGAAUGCAGCCAUUUUGUUCCUUGGGUCAACUGGGCUUCACUGAGGCAUUAGAAGGGCCCAGUUGGGUCCAAGAGCCACUUUCAGGAAUCUCCAAGUAGCACGGUUCAAUUUUUUGUUGCCGUCAGUGUCGGGGUCCCCAGCUCCUACCCUGUAGUAAGACCUAUAGGAUCAGUCUAAGAGUAUCAAGUCGGACCUAUCUUUCAUCUCACCAUGUCCCUUGUCACCUGCCUCGAUCUGAGCAGGCCACCUGCCCAGGCUGAAAACGGUUCUAGGCGGAGGACCAGAGUACCCUGCUUUACUAGGUUGAGGGUCUCCCCAGAGCCUUGAACUGACUCUAGAUAGCCUCGACCCCAACUCUACUUCCCCUUCACCAGCAGGCCUUCACCCCUCCAUCUCUUGGUGCCCAACACUCAGCCCAGUGUCCAGAAGCCCUUCCUCACUGACUGCAAAGGCAGGUUCACGUGGCCUAGUCUUGUGUAGAGCUACCCUACUGUGUUCCCUGGGCAUCUUUGGACCCUUCUCCCUCUAUAUCCACUCCUCUGUGCCUUGGCUACCAGCUCUCUACCUCUCUUUCAUACACACCUUGCACCUGCUUUGGGUGUUAGAUGACAUAGGAGCCAUGGGUGUGUAGGGGCUUGGAUGACCACAGACUGAUCCCCACCUGGUGUUCCUAACCGUACCUGACCUGACCUACCACUCUCUAAGGUGGUUUUGCCCACUAGUGGGGAUGUCUACUGUGGAGAUUUUGGGAUACCUUGGCGUGGGUGUUUGCCCCACAGAUAGCAUUUUCCCAAUCAUGAUUUGUUUUGAUCACAGGUCUGUGACCUACAGCCAAUCUAUGUCUCCCAGCUACCCAGUAAAGUCUGUGUGUGACAAA